AUGCCCAAGCGUGGACGGAAGGUGCCGGACCGAAAAAAGGGCAAGAGAAUGCAGCUGCAGCAGCAGGAGACAAACUUAUUCGACCAGAUGCCGGACGAGUUGGUCCUCAAGAUUUUCCAAGCGCUGGGGAAAAUCGGGCCACUCACAACGCCCGAGCUCGACGAAAGCAACGACCGCAUGCCUUUCUUCACGGCAGAACCACACCCAGGGCUGCGCUCGUACCCUUUCUUGUCACAGGUGUGCCGGAGGUGGAAGCAGGUGCUGACAAACCCACUGACCAGCAACGAGCUGUGGCGCGAGGUCAUCAUCGACUUUGGCCACGAGCUCAUCACGGCCGUGCACACCCCCAUUGCAUGGUCGGACCGGCGGCCCUCGGACGAGGAAUUCAGGGAGUCCUUCUCGCACACGCGGCUUAGCGCUGCGCGCAUGGUGCAUUUCGUGGAGGAACGCCAGGCCUCCAUCCGUCGCCUGGUCCUCAUGAACAGCGAAGGCUACUGGUCAGACGAGGGCGAUUUCGUGAACCUGCAGCAGAAGCACAACUUCAGCAUGGCGCACUUUGGGAUGAUGCUGGGCAUGCUGCGCUGCACCCUCUCAGAGCUGCAGAUCCAGCACUGCAACGACUUCUUCAGCAUGGGCCAGGGCGCUCUGAGCGCCAUCAGCUGCCUGCCGCGGCUGCGCGUGCUGCGCAUCGAGGACUUGCAUUGCCGCGUCGACAAGGCCGCCCUCGCUGAGCUGGCGCGACUAACCCAGCUGGAGGAGAUCUCGCUGACAGGGGAGGAGCAUGUGAAUGCCUGGGCGGUGGGAGCAGAGUCCAUCCCGGACGAGUGGAAGGCCCUGAAGCAGCUUCGGACGCUGCAGCUGCGAGGGCACACCAUGCUCCUGAUGCUGCCGCAAUGGCUGUCUGAACUCCCGAUAACUAACCUGGACGUCAGCUUCUGCCGCGUCUGCAACGUCAGCGCUGUGUCGGAGAUGACCUCGCUCACCGUCCUCUCACUUCAGGGCAUGGAUCUCCGUAGCGGCGACGGGGACCCGCCCGGCUUCCGCCACCUUCCGCCCUUGGACCGGCUGACGCGGCUGACAGCAUUGAACCUGGGAGACAACGCCUUCACACGGAUGCCCGCCUGCCUCAGCAAGCUCAAGGGCCUCAGCUACCUCGACCUCUCCCUCAACGCCGACCUUCAGGUGCCGACACCGCUGACAUGUCUCCUGUCAUUGCCAGCGCUGAAAGUGGUGGACCUGCGGGGGGUCCAUGAAACCAGCAACAUUGGUUUCUGGCCAGAGGCCAAGUGCGUUACCAUGAGCCACAUCACAGCGCUUACUAAGGCCCUCAAGCGCCGCGCCUACCCCACAAAGGUGCUCGUGGAGGUUGACUAA